UAAUUGAAAUAAUACUUUUCACCUCAGCGAGGACUCUGAGCUCCACAGAAUCUGAAAUAAUAUCUCAAAACAAGAGAUCAGUUGCAGACAACACUUCCCAGAAACCUGUGACCAGCCCCCAAAACCUAAAGUUGUCAUUUCCCAACACCCCUCAGGCACACCAGCACCAAUAUUUGCAGUGAUCAGUGAGCCACUUGUGGGGUCCGGAAAACUACAUUACCCAAAGGGCAAUGCGCCUAGUGAUGGCCGGUUUUAGCCAAUGAAAGCCCAGGACCAGCGCAUUAUUGGUUUGGGAGUGACUUCCUGUGUCUUUCUCCUGGUGGUCAUUUUGAACUCUUUGUUCUGUUAAGGUAGUUAGAGGCUCUGGUGCUCAGCGUCCCUAUUAGGACGAGGCACCAGAAGCCGUGUCCCCGCUGUGCAGGGGUGUGUCUGAGGCUUGAUGAGCUGCAACAGGCGGGAUUGAGGUCUCCGUGCCUCCCAGAUUCCGUUUUGCUUACAGACUUCAACUCAGCCUUCAUCCUUGGGUCCAGGCGUCUGUCAGGUCCUGCAGCCCAGGUUGCAGCGUCCAGAACCGAUAUGAACUUUGAAGACUUGGCCAUUGCCUUCUCUCAGGAGGAGUGGAAUCUUCUUGAUGAGGAUCAGAGACUUCUGUACUGCGAAGAGAUGCUGGAAGUUUUUGCACUUGUAUCAUCUGUAGGGUUAACUUGCAAGAUGUUCUCAGAGGAGGCCUGGUUCUGUUGAGUGCCAGUUGGGAGAAGGUAUGAUAUAAGGGCUGUGUACAGAUGAUAAUCGGGAACCUGCUCACUUCCAACAGUCUUUAGGUGAAAGUGCCAUUGGCAACACCUCAUUUCUACCUUUUUUUUGCUGUACUUGACACUUUGCUGACUUGCAUUUCCUCUAUGGCUUGCUGGCUUUGACUAACUGCAUCUUUGUGGUCUUUUUGCAUCACCUGAUCCUCUGCACUGCUCUUUCUGUAGUAUUCUCAGACAUUGACCUGGACAUGUGUUAUGAGGUGCACAUACAUGUGUUAGUGCCCCUCGAACACUGGUUACACAUUUGUGAAAUUUUACUUGGAAUGAGACAUAACCAACCUCCUACACAGCUUACCCAUAUAACCAGCUGACAAGCCAUGCUGAGCACUGUUAGUAGAAGAAUGAGCUGGAGAUCCUGCUUCUCUUCCAUCGUAGUGCUUCCCAGAUAGUGCUUGCCAUCUUUGUGUCACAUUUCUGGUGAGGUCUUUCCUGUUUUGUGAUAUUCAGAGGCCCAAAGCUUCACAGCAGCCUCUUAUUAAUCCUUCCAGCGUAUCUCUUAUUUUUAGACAAUUGCAUGGAACCAACAUAUUAUGUGUAACACCCUUUUGGAAUGUUACUUCCCCGUCACUACAGUCAACAUUCAGUUCCUCACCAUUUCUCUGUUUUCAGGUUGUUGGCAUAAAAUGGAUGAGGAGGAGGUGCCUCCUGAGCAGAGUGUGUCUGUAGGAGAGUCACAGGACAGGGCUUCUAAGACAGCUCCAGCAACCCAGAAGACCUACCUGUGUAAGUGGUGCUUCUCAGUUUUAAAACAUAUUUUGCGCCUGACAGAGUUACAAGCAGCAUACUGUGAGCAGAAAGCCUUCUUCAGUGACACAUCUGUAAAAGACUUCUUUUUAAGUGCAAACUGUCACCAGCAGCAAAGAGAUGCCAGUGGAGAGAAGCCCUGGAAAGAAGAUAUGGACAGGGCCUCGUUUGUGUCCAGGUGCAGCUUCUAUUUAACAUGGGUGCCUUCAACCAGUAGGGAGGUUGGCAAAGACUUGCCAGCCAUCUCAGAUAUUCUCCAACACCAGGCCACUGUUAGCACUGAGGAGCCACACAAUAGCAGUGAGAUUUCCCAUGAAUUUCUCGGUGGAAAAAGUCAUCACCAAUGUGUUGAAUGUGAAAAAGCUGCCAACAUCUACCAGAAGGUUGUUCAGCAUCUGGGUGUCUGCUCUGGAGAAGUGAAUUAUGAGUGUAACAAAUGUGGACAAGGUUUUAGACAAAUGUUUAACCUCAUUCAACAUAAGGGAGUUCACAAUGGACAAAAGCCCUAUGAGUGUAGUGAUUGUUGGAAGUUCUUCAGAAAUAAGUCUAACCUCAUUCACCACCAAAGAGUUCAUACUGGAGAAAAGCCAUAUGAGUGUAGUGAAUGUGGGAAGAUCUUCAGCCAAAGUUCUACGCUCAGUCAACACAAAAGAGUUCACACUGGAGAAAAGUCUUAUGAAUGUACUUACUGUGGAAAGGCCUUCCGUGAAAAGUCUCACCUCAUUAAACACUACAAAGUUCACACUGGGGAAAAGCCCUAUGAGUGUACUUACUGUGGAAAGGCCUUUCGUGAAAGGUCUCACCUCAUUAAACACUGCAGAGUUCACACUGGAGAAAAGCCCUAUGAGUGUAGUGCCUGUGGGAAGUCCUUCCGUCAAAGAUCUACCCUCACUAAACACCACAGAGUUCACACUGGAGAAAAGCCCUAUGUGUGUAGUGACUGUGGGAAGUCCUUCCGUCAAAGAUCUACCCUCACUAAACACCUCAGAGUUCACACUGGAGAAAAGCCCUAUGAGUGUAGUGACUGUAGGAAGUCCUUCAAUCAAAGGUCUCACCUCAUUAAACACUGCCGAGUUCACACUAGAGAAAAGCCCUAUGAGUGUAGUGAAUGUGGAAAAUCUUUUAGCCGCAAACCUAGCAUAGUUAGACAUUUGAGAGUUCAUUCUGGAGAAAGGCCUUAAAUGUGCAAGGAGUGUUUUAUUAUUGUCACUCAGAAUAGCAGUACUGAAAGAGACUCAUUUUCCAAAAUAAACCUCUUUUAAUGAAAAAUACCCUCUUCUAGGUUAUCCAUAAUUUUUAGGUACAAGUGGGGCUUUAAGGAGGUGCAUUGCACUUGUAACCUGCCCAGGCCUACUACCCGAUUGAUGUCACUGUGAGUACUUUUAGCUGAAUUGAUUUCACCUCUACCACCUGGCUCACCUGUGCAAUGUGCAUCAGUUACAACCCCUGUUUGCUCAGGGAAAAUGAAUUAUGUCUUAUCACUUCUACUUGAUGAAAUUAUGAAAAAUUCUAUCUCUUGGCAGGAUCUUCAUUCCAUUCUCUGACUAGGGAAUUGACCAGACCGAGUUCAUCCAGAAUACCCCUCCUCAGCUAAGAAAUGCUAGCUCUUUCAAGGACAUGUGGUUCUCACAUCAUGCUGUGAUGAAUUGUUUCAGGUUCUAAUUCACCAACCUGCAAACUGCUUGCUAUAUACUGGUCUGGUUUAUGAUCCUUUAGUAAAGGUGUUUUUUCUUUUGUAACUUAAAUAUUAUGGUUCUGCUCACUCCCUGGGAUGAUUUGAAAGCACAAUUGUAAACACAGAGCAUGUUGAGGUGGACAGAUAUUGUGGGGAUCCCAAACUUUCUGUGCUUUGGAAGGCACAACAUGAUGACAGAAAAUCACUUGGUCCAAUGUUGGCUUAUUCUGCAUUGCUGCCCAUGGCCUUGAAAGAAAGACUGCAUGACUUUGUGGUUCUAAGUUGCAGUCUGGUACCUCGAUUAUUGGGGAGGUCAUUGGUCACUCAGAAGAGAAGGCCUUUGCUGUGCUUCUGUGAACAAUGUGAAUUAUAUUAUCUGUGCACAGUAUGUAUUACAUAAGUCUCAGCAAUGUUAAGGGGAAGUCCUCUCCAUGUACUGCAAAAGGAGCCACGUAGGAAAUUUCUUAGGCUGUGUCAUUUGUUAUAAGACUCUGAGGUGAAACUAAUAUUGGUACAGAAACUCUAUUUUCAUAGUGAUGGGAGAGACUGUAAUAAAUUAGAUGGAAAAUGCCUCUUCUGAAUGCAAAUCCACAAGUGAUCCAGGGCCUAUGGCUUGUGUGAUCUUUGUGUAAAGACAUUCUCAGGACCUCCAUAACUGUUUCCUGUAGCUGAAGUCAUUGACAGAAGAAAUGAUCCAACGGUUUUGUAGAUUCCCCUGGCCUCUGUAGGAUGUUCACCUCAAGGUUUUCUCAACAGGCAAGAACUCAAAGCCAGAGAAAGGAUAGUCCUGUAAUCAGUCCCAGGAUGUGUCUUAGUGACCACUCAGCAUUCCUGUUGGUUCCGAGGGCAAUAGUCUUCGCUGCUGUCAAUAUUUGCUGCCACUGAGGCAAGGCUGUUCCUCCCAGGAAAUGAGAACUGACAUGCAACUAAGGACACUUUUCUAACUGUACUAUUUGGUGAGCCUUGACAUAGGGAUAAAUCUGUGAAACCAUCUCAUGUAAAAUAAAUUUAUCUGUCACUCUUAAA